AUGAGUGAUGUCGGCAUCUGCACUCUUCUUUGUGGUGGGUUUGUUGGGACCAUCUUUUUAUGGCGGAAGGAGCGGACUUUUGCCCUUCUCUGCAUGAAAGAUAUCGAAAAGGCAUGGGAGUGCGGGCCGGAACAUUUGGACCGAAAUGAUCCCUCAACAUUUCGAAGGCGACUUAUUUCUUUUGUUGGAUCCACUGCUGUUAGUUGGCUGGUGUUGGAGUAUCUUCUCUUCAAGGAAGCACGCGAUAAAACAUCUGUUGGUCCCAGUGCUGUAAUCCACUUUCUGUUUUGUCAAGAGGGCAAUGUGUUGCGAGCCCUUCACGUUACUGUAUCCACCGCCUUGGCCACGCUCGCGCUCUUCAGUGGAGCCCUGUUAGAGAAGGGAAUCGCUCUAUUUCAACAGGACGCGGAUGAAAUUUUUCUUCGAGACAAUGUGAUUUGUCCAACAGGUGAAGAAAUUUUUUUCCGCGCACUGCUUCUUCAAAUAUUACUUCAGCGACGGUCCGUGACGUCAUCUAUAGUCAUAUCGUCAGUACUGUUUGCUAUAUCACACACGCACCAUAUCUUUCCCUCUGUGGCUUGGGAAUAUCGUUAUAUAAUGGGAAAUAAUGAGCUUCAACCCGGGAAACAACUAGUGUGCUGGAGACGUGCAGCAAAAAAACUUCCUGGUUUGUACCUCUGCACAUUUGCCUGUGGUUUGCUCACCGGGUAUUGCUAUGUUGUUGUUGGAAAGAGGAACUUACCUUCCACUAUAGUCACUCAUGCACUCUGCAACUUUAUUGGGCCUCCAACUUUUGACUUUCUCCAAGAGAAAACAUGGCUUAAACGUUUGGUGUACGGCGGUGCCUAUUGCGGGGGUAUCGCCGGUUGGUACAUCAUUACUUCAACAGUUGCUAGAAGGUCAACAUAA